AUGAGCGCUGCCAAUAGCAACAGACCCGGGCCUGCGCCUGGGCUUGCCUCAACCUCGCGCUUACCGGACGAGCACACGCCCUUGGUUGGAAACACCACAUCACGGUACCCAGAGCCCUAUGACGGAUCGGCAGACGGGGACGGGGACGGGGACGGGGACGAGGACGAGGAAAUCGACCCGGAUGACUUUGACCUGCUGCUUACUCGCUCGUCCUCGUACGCGGCAGGCCCGCUGGGCCCAGAGGCGAACGAGACCCCGCUCCUCAGAGGGGACCGCAAGUACAGCAGCAGCAGCAGGGCAGGCCGUCCACCUCUGGUCUUCUCCAGCCGGCGACCGUCGGUGACCAGCGAGGCCCUCGAGGACGAGGUGGCCGCCGAGCUGGACAGGGCACCUUUCCUCGGCGGCAUUUCUCGAGGCCGCUUCUGGUGGAUCUUCGGCAACGUCCUGGCCCUCCACUUCGUCUCGUGCUUCGACGGCACCAUCAUGGCCUCGUCGCACCCCGUCAUCACCUCCUACUUCCAGAGCUCAAACUCGGCCUCGUGGCUGUCGACGGCCUUCCUCCUCACCUCGACCGCCUUCCAGCCGCUGCUGGGCAGGUUGUCCGACUCGGUCGGCCGCAAGGGCCCCUACAUCGCCACGGCAACAAUCUUCGCACUGGCAACCCUCUGGUGCGCCCUCGCCCAGACCAUGACGAGCUUCAUCGCCGCCCGGGCCGUCUGUGGCCUCGGGGCCGGUGGCGUCAUGACGUUGGGAAGCAUCAUCGUCUCGGACCUGGUCCCUAUCGAGAGGAGAGGUGCAUAUCAGUCUUAUAUCAACAUGGUGUACGGAGUCGCCUCGACAUCCGGUGCGGCUCUAGGUGGCUUCCUUGCCGAGAAUCUGGGCUGGCGUGCAGAGUUCGGCAUUCAGGUGCCCCCGUUGUUUCUCUGUGUUGGCAUCUCCAUUGUCACGAUCCCAGGUGAUCUUGGGUUGGACGUCCAGGCCCACAAGGAGACGGUGCUCCAGGCCAUGAGGCAGUUCGACUUCAGGGGCUCCUUCUUACUGACCGCUGCCAUCACCUUCCUGAUCCUCGGCCUCAACCUCGGCGGAAAUGUCCUCGCCUGGACCCACCCACUCGUCCUCACAUCGCUGGCCGUCUUCGCCCUCAGCUUCCCGUCGUUCCUAUGGGCCGAACGGUCUGCAUCACGGCCCAUCAUGCCUCUCCGCCUCAUACAGCGGUCUCCACAUGCCAACAUGAUAUUCUCUAAUUUCCUCGCCGCCUUUCUGAUGAAUGCCAUCCUGUUUAACAUGCCCUUGUACUUCCAGGCUGUGCUCCUCACCUCUGCCACGACGAGCGGCCUGUGCCUUAUGGUUCCCACAAUUGCCUCUAGCACCUGUGGCACUGCCACGGGCUUCAUGGUUACAUGGACCAAGCGCUUGAAGUGGCCUCUCGUGCUGGGUGCGGCCUUGUUCCUCGUGGGGACGGUCGUGCUCUCAUCAAUGCAGCGGGGUUGGCCACUCUUCGUCUACCUCAUACUCCUGGUGCCCCACUCGAUGGGACAGCAGGCGGAGCAGGCCGUCGUCACCAGUACCUUGAUUCUUUGGCGCAGCAUGGGUACGGUACUCGGCAUAGCAGGGAGCAGCCUCAUCGUCCAGAACUCGCUCUGGGUUUACCUCGAGACGUACGUCACCGACAGGGCAGCAAAAGACGCCGGGUUCCUAGGUGGCAAGGCUGAGGUCAUUGAAAGAGUUAGAGAAAGCAUCGAGGCUAUUGGCAAAAUGGGAGGUCUCGUACAAGAGCAAGUUGUGAGGAGUUAUGAGGCUUCCAUCAGGGCGGCUUUCUUAUCUUGUAUUAUCCUCGCCAUAGCCAGUCUUGUGCUGUUGUUGCCAAUUAGACUGCCGCGACUAGGCCAGAGGAAGAAGUAG